AUGGUUUUCGCAGAUCAGAGGCCCUCAAAGUCUGACGUGCCAUCGGGCACCCUCUACGACCUCUACCCGCAAUCGAAGCACGUCCACGCCUCGUACCACAAAGCCUCCUACCGCCCUGGACACGACUCUUACGUUGUCCCUCAAGCUCCCUACCAUAGCGUCAUUGACGACAGUUCCGAUGUCAUCGACUACGAACACCCCCUCAAGGACGGGGAGCACGAAAGAGCCGUCCAUCGCGGGCAUCCUCGUCGACACUCGACGAGGCCUCGCUACUUCAAAGAGCCCGAUGAAGACCAUAUGUCCUCCCGCUACCACAAGAGGUCGGUGACGCAGCGGCCGAACCUGGACCGGUCACGGACAGGGAAUUCCCAGAUGCAUCGCAGUCGCCGGAUACCCUUCACGAUUGGCUACGUGGGUGACAACGGAUACGACCUCGAUUGGUUAUCCUUUCGGCCCCGCCAUCAGCACGAGGAACCUAAAGAAAUCCAUCGUCGUCCUCCUUUUAGUAGUGGUACACCCGAGUGACGUGGUGUAAGUGUUCGUUUUAAUUAGGUGCCUGUUCUUUACACAUUAAAUUUGUUGCUUGCAAUAAAGCUUUUCUUUUUUGCAGAA